GUUCAGUGUAGCCAACGCGAAGAUUUUGCGUAGGAGCACCACAGGCUAGGGUCCUUUCGCUCCUGGAGAAUGAGGGCUGAGGGUGGUGAGGAUGUCGCUCAAACAAGGGAGGCAUAUCAGCCCUGCGGGCCACAUGAGUUGCAAUGGUGCCAUAUGUAAAGACAAGGGGAGUUGUUAACCCUACCGGGUAUAACACGAGCAAUUUUAAAUGUAUAGCGACUAAGAAUGUGUUGAGUUUUACACAGAUUUUGUUUUGUAUAAGAAAAAUAUACACAAAAAGGUUAACUUAGCGGGUCUGGCUGGAGAAGAUGACUUUUCGGGUCGGGACUCUUGUUUUGUCUAUAUUUGUUAAAUUCCCACCGGGCUUUUGAGGGUUAAUUUAUUUUUAAUCGCAGAGCCUCUACAAUAGAGGGAGCUGUUCCUCGAGAACUGUAAAUCAGACACAGCCUCUGGCUCACUGUCUGAACGUGGCGUGCCAGGCGGGCGUUUCCCCAGUUCCUUUCUGUGCUGUGUGUCUGGCUCUGGAUCUCGUUCCAUGUUCAUGGUCACCGGCUCCCUCAGCUCGGCGUGGUGGUCACUCUACUAUCGUCACUCUCCUAAUACAGCGAGGGGAUACACAGCAAUAGGAAUGGAAAAUUAAAGCGAGUUUGGAAUCUACUUGGUGGCAGACUUAGCAUCGGAACGUCUGCAGCAGCCUGGAUCCGUCGGUGCCGAGACGGCCUUGGAGUUUAUACAGGCGAGACGUUGUGCAGUCCAAGCAGCUGGAAGAGGCGGCAGCAGGGACUCAACUCAGCAGCCUCCUGUCCCCGCAGCUGUGCGAGUGAAGCUGGGGGUUGCGUGGCCCAGACAUCGCCCUCACCCCUCACAUCAGAAGAAGUCGAGGGGUGAGGGGUGGAAGAUCCCCGUGGUGGGGGACGAGGGCCAAUAACCCCGCAGCUACCGAGAAAUUUGUUUUACUUUCCUGGAGCUGCGGAUAUAGUGACAAGGAAAGGGAGGGGAAGCAAGAUAUUGAUGAAUAAAAUGUUCUCCGACAAGACGGAGAGAGCUAUAUAAUGCAAGGGGAAAAGAUCUGCUGAAGACUGGCGAUCGGAUAAAAAGAAAAUUAAAUUGAAAGCAAUUAAGACCGUACUCCGAAGAGAAAAGGAUUGAUUUUUUCGAAAAGGAAAAUAUCCGCAAAACCAAGGGACUUAAAAAAGGUGAACGUUUAUUUUUUUCCCUUUCCUUCGAGCGGAAAAGCAACAUCGCCGGGAAGAAAAAACAUAUUUAAAACGGAGAUUCCUCUCAUUUUUGACAAGUUUUAAACAAAUAUAUUUCCGAUUUAUCUCUCCGACACAGAGGACCCCAUUUAAACUUUUGAUUGAGAAUUUAACAGGAAAGACAAAUGGAAAUCUUCAAUAUAUUGCGCAGACCGUAAUUUCCCACAGAAGAAACUAGUUUCAAAGAGAAUAUUUCCCCACCCUCUUGGUUGGGAAGUCGACGGUUCCCCGCCCCGGAUUUUAAAUAACCGGACUAAAAAGGAAAACAAUUUAUAAAUCCAACCGGACCGGGAGUUACCGUAAGCGGAGCCACUUCCCGCCCAUCAUCCGAGCCCAUCGGACUCAGGCCCCAGGCCCCAGGCCCCGACUGUUGGUUGGUCUCGCCGUCCGUCCCAGUGGCGCCGCCAACAACGACCAGGCGAGAGCCAGGGGCCGCAUCAGGGGGCAGCCGGACUCGGCCGGUAUCGGGCCCGCCGUCGCUCUCCUCACCGGAUUUUCUCGUUUUCUUACUGUAUUCCAGCCGCCAGUCUGCGGAAACGAUGAAUGCACGGUCCCGCGCCAUUGGCGUGGUGCUGCCCAGUUGUCAGUAACCAAGGAGCCGCACUGACCGCACGACGUCUUCUGAAUAUUAUUGUGCAUUCGUCGUCGUUGGACAUGGCUGCUUCCUUCUGCCUUCUCUUUGGGAUGCAGGCCGCCUUGUUAAGCGCCGGGGGCGCUGCCCAGAGUAAUGAGAGGCGCUGUGCCUUCAAAGACUCGUUUACACACUCUGAGGAGCAUGGCAUCAAUGAAGAACGCAUCAACCAGGAAAAUGGCACCAUUGUGUGCGAGAAGGGCAGUCAGUGCUAUGGAUUGUGGGAGAAGAUGAGAGAUGGAGGCGUUCACAUAAAAAAGCAAGGCUGUUGGGGUCACUUUGGAGACAGGGAGGUGUGUCAUCCUCCAGAGUGUGUGGUGACAAACCACAGACAGAAUGGCACUUUCCGCUUCUGCUGCUGUAGUACCGAUAUGUGCAACGUCAACUUCACUGAAAACUUUAUCCCAUUGCCCGAUCCAACAGAUUCAGUACCACGCAGUACUUGGAGACGACAUUUCAAAGAGGAGCCAAUUGUAAUUGCCUUGGCAUCAGUAUCUGUCGUAGCUGUCCUGAUCGCAGCUUUCUUCUUUGGUUAUAGAAUGCUUGCAGGAGACAGGAAGCAUGGACUUCACAGUAUGAACAUGAUGGAGGCAGCACCAUCGGAGCCUUCCCUUGACCUGGAUAGCCUCAAAUUGCUUGAGGUGAUUGGCCGGGGUCGGUAUGGUGCUGUGUAUAAAGGGUCGUUGGAUGAGCGCCCAGUGGCUGUGAAGAUCUUCAGUGCUUCAAACCGUCAGAAUUAUCUCAAUGAGAGAGACAUAUACAGACUCCCAAUGAUGGAGCAUGAAAACGUAGCCCGUUUCAUUGUGAGCGAGGAAAGAAUAUCCAGUGACAAUAGAACAGAGUACAUGCUGGUGAUGGAGUACUAUCCCAAUGGCUCAUUGUGUAAGUACCUGAGUCUCCAUAGCAGUGACUGGGUUAGCUCAUGCCGGCUGGCACACAGCAUCACCAAAGGUCUCGCCUACCUUCACACAGAACUGCUGCGAACUGAUCAAUACAAGUCAGCUAUUACACACCGGGAUCUCAACAGCAGGAAUGUGCUGGUGAAGAACGACGGAACAUGCGCCAUCAGUGACUUUGGUCUUUCCAUGAAACUAACUGGUAAUAGAUUGGUUCGACCAGGAGAGGAGGACACUGCAGCCAUCAGUGAGGUUGGCACAGUCCGCUACAUGGCUCCUGAGGUGUUGGAGGGAGCAGUAAACCUGCGGGAUUGCGCAUCUGCUCUCAAACAGGUGGAUAUGUAUGCACUGGGCCUUAUUUACUGGGAAAUAUUCACAAAGUGCUCAGAUCUUUUUCCAGGAGAGACGGUGCCUGACUAUCAGAUGGCCUUCCAGGCCGAGGUGGGAAACCAUCCUAGCUUCGAGGAUAUGCAACAUUUGGUCUCUCGAGAGAAACAAAGACCCAAAUUUCCUGAAGCCUGGAAAGAAAACAGCCUGGCAGUCCGAUCACUAAAGGAAACAAUGGACGACUGCUGGGACCAGGAUGCAGAAGCUCGUCUCACGGCCCAGUGUGCAGAAGAGAGAAUGGCAGAUCUCAUGGUGAUGUGGGAUCGAAACAAGUCUGUUAGUCCCACAGUCAAUCCGAUGUCACAGUUUACUACAACAGCAAUGCAGAAUGAACGGAAUCUUUCACACAGUCGACGAGCACCAAAGAUGGGACCAAACCCUGAUUAUUCUUCCUCUUCAUACAUUGAAGACUCCGUCCACCACACUGAAGGAAUAGUAAAAAAUAUAGCUUCUGAAAACUCUACAUCUGGCACGCCAUCGACCACCAGUGAGAAGAACCGCAAUUCCAUUAACUAUGAAAGGCAACAGGCUCAAGCACGGAUCCCCAGUCCAGAGACCAGCGUCACCAGCUUGUCAGCAACAACCACCACUACCAACACAGCGGGCCUCACACCCAGCACUGCCAUGUCCACAAUCUCUGAAACACAAUACUCUGAGGAUACCAACACACAGGUGGGCAACUUGUUGCCACCUCUGAGCUCUACCCCAGUGUGCCUGCAACUGACUGAAGAAGACCUGGAGACCAACAAGCUAGAUCCUAAAGAAGUGGACAAAAACCUCAAAGAGAGCUCAGACGAAAACUUGAUGGAGCACUCUUUGAAGCAAUUCAGUGGGUCUGAUCCCCUUGGUGGCAGCAAUCCCAGUCUCCUCUAUCCUCUGAUCAAGCUGGCAGCUGAAGUAACUGGGCACCAGGAUUUUCCCCAACCCAGCACCAGCCAGGCUUGUUUGAUCCCUGACAUCCCAGCCACUCAAAUGUACCCCCUCCCCAAACAACAGAACAUACCCAAGCGUCCUACCAGCCUCCCCCUCAACACUAAAAACAUGGCGAAGGAAUCACGGCUGAAGUUUGGCAGCAAGCACAAGUCAAACCUUAAGCAGGUGGAGACAGGAGUGGCAAAAAUGAACACCAUAAAUGCAGGGGAGCCUCAAGUGGUAACUGUCACAGUGAAUGGCAUUACUAGAAGAGAUCAGGUAGGGAACCCACACCCAACGGUCACACAGUAUGCAAAUGGAUCAGUACCUGGCCCUCAGAAGUCCAAUGUAGCAAGCCAUCGAGGCCAGGAAUCCCUCCAGUCUCAGUUUAGUGGGGAGGACAGCAGAGUGAAUAUAAACUCCAGUCCCGAUGAACAUGAACCAUUGCUGAGGAGGGAACAACAAGCUACCCGGGAUGACAUAAUUGCCGAGAGACUAAUGGACAGGAGGGAUCGUCCGCUUGACCAGGGGCGGACAAAUUCCAACAAUAACAACAACAGCAAUCAAUGUGGCACAGUGGAUGGUGCAUUGGCAAAUGACCAGCAUGGCCCCGUGGCACGGCGGCAAGGCAGGAGGGCAGAAAGGCCAAACUCACUCGAUCUUUCAUCAGCCACCAUUUUGGAUAGCUGUAGUAUGCCAUGUGAGACGACAAAGGAAAGUAAGCAGGCCUCUUCUGGGGACAAAAUAAAGAAACGAGUUAAAACUCCAUACUCGCUAAAAAGAUGGCGGCCUUCAACAUGGGUCAUUUCGACGGAUCCCAUUGAUGGCGAGGUGAACAACAACAGCGGCAGCAACAGUACAGUGGGGCGCUCGAAAUCCAGCACCACCGUUUACCUAAUCGGGGGGGGUAGCGGUGGCACUGCCACAGCAGCAGUCGGCAGGGAGACUGAACUGAACUGCUUGUGAAUCUUCAAUUAUUACUUUGUACUUCAUAUGGAGAGAAAGAAACAAAUGUAAAAGGACAGCUAUUCCACCCUUGAACUGCACCCCUAUCCCAACUAUCCUGAUAAUUCCUUUCCAUAUUUUAAAAAAUGCUUUAGAGUUCAGCUAUGGAGCAAAGCUUAGAAAAUCUGUCAUUUCACAAGCUUUUUUUUGUUUGAUUUCUUUCUUGUUGCACUUUUUUUGGAAAGGGGGAAAGAUUAAUCUUUGAGUGAAGCCUAGCCUGAGGCAAGCACUACAAAGGGUCUCGCAGAGGUCUCAGAAAAAUAAGCAGCACAACUUUAUUAGCACUCAUUGUGGAUCAGCUGAACCUCUGGUGAAGAUCAUGCACGUGGGUUCUCAAGGCAGGUGUAACCAAUGGCGAGAAAUGUGAAAAACAAGUCGUCUGUUGCCUCCCCAUUGAUGCCAUUUAUGGAGACAUUCUGAUUUUGCUAUUGAAUUAUUAAGAGUGUAGUAUCACCUUGAGAAAAAAAAACCUUUGUUGGAAUGUGCAAUAUGCGUAGCUAAGUAACGCUUUUAAGAAAAGAAAGAAAAUUAUUAUUUAAAAGUUGUCUCUUCUCUGUAUUUCACUGAAGGUUGCUUAAUGUGCAUGGCCAUUCUUCCUCUUCCCCAGCUUUUUCCACACUCCCAUCCCCAUUCCAGCCAUGGAGAGCUGGUGCACUAUGCAUGAUUCCCAAUGUUGUUAUGAUGGCAUUCAUCUCCCCUCCCUCCCACUAGAAUUGACAUUAGCGUCCUCCAGAUACACCGGUCCAUCAGUACACAAUUCAGUAUUAGUUGGCCAAGCACUUAAACUGUCCACUAUCUUGCUAUCUUCUCCCUCCAUUCCCCCUGAACACUGGUCACUGAAACCCAUUUUAAUGGUGUGUCUGAUCCUGCACCUACUCGACUUCUGAAAUUUUAAAUGAUGGAUCAAUCUUUAUGGUGUACUGGUUUUUCCAAUAUCUCAGUUUCAUAUUUAAUUGUGAACAUGGAUGUGGAUGAACUGAUUACACAGUGAGUUUUCACCUCUGGUUCAUAUUGUUGAUAAAUAUUUUCUGAGUGCUAACACUAAGCCUCCUUCAAAGAAUGUUAGAUGGUAAUCCAGUUCCUAGCUGACACGAACUCACUGUACAAAACAACCCUGAUUUACACUACAUUUAUAAUCCUAGAGGGGUUGUUACAAGGGGAAAUGAAAUCACAGGUAGACUUGGGUAUUCUCCCAAAGUUAUAUUUGUGCCACAUUAGCUGGAACAUAGAAGAGUAUCCAACCCAUGCUAUACCUUCCUGGAAGCAUUUGUUGUCGGACAAUGUAGAGUUGGCUUUAACCUGUAUCUAAACUGUGCCAGUACUUUGCCUUAUGAGUAUUUGGUGCUGACAUUAGCUGCCUGAAGUUUCUUUCUGAAGUGGUAAUAUCCCUUGCCUGGAGAUGUUUAACAAAAUAACAGUCUAAUCCCCCUAACUGAAGUUUAAAGAACAAUGUCUGCUCUUAGAUCUCCUGACCUAUUUUGCUUCUGUCCAGUACAGCUACAGUUUGCACUGCACCGUUUAUAACUUGCACGGCAGGUCGAGUAGCCAAAAAAAGAAAGCAUGGAGGAGAGGAUUACCUCCUUAGUUUGAGAUUUGUGAUAGAUAGGAGAUCUUCAAGAUGAAACAUGUCCACUUUAUUAAGGUCCAUUGAAAUGUGGUUUCUCAGAGUUGGGUUAAAAUGCAAGGUGGCUGCACUGUAGCUUGUGGUUCAAUCUCCAAAUGCCAGUUCAUUAAAACACUGAAUCAUGUCUUGUGGCCAUUUUACCAUUGGCCAAAAUAGUGAUAAAUAUAAAUAAUAGGUGAAUAACUUUAGCCUUGUUCAUACAUUAUUUCUUGUCUUCCAGUUUGAAGGGUUAGGUUGUUUGGCUAUAUUGAGCUGCAGUAAAUGACAGUAAACGGUUCUAAAACAGUU